AUGGAGCCCGUGACGCUCUUCCGCGAGCUCGCGCAGGCGGGGUUCAACUUCAUGCUCGACGACAGCGACGCCGCCUUUAUCGAGGAUCUGAGGCCGAAAAGCACCGCCCUCGAGGCAAAGGCCUACGCCGACAUCGCGCACUUCUGCCAGUACUAUAUCUUUUCGAACUCCCGCCAUAAUAAAUACGGCGAGGACCCGGAUAUGGCACUUUUUCUGAUGUCAAAGAAGAGCCGCCUGGUGGACGAGGAGCGGAAGGUCUUCCAGUCCUUGGAUCCUGCCGAGGAGAGCUGGUAUAGCGUGUGUUAUCACUGUGAUCGCUGCACGCUCUGCGCCUUCAAGGAAUCCGAAGACGUCGCGAACCUUAGAACACUCGACGGCUGCGAGCCGCACUUUGAUUUAUACACAAUGUUAUUGCCUAUUCAAGGCGAAGACGUCAUGCGUGAACAAUUCGCGACUACCAAUUAUCUUCUUCGACGUUGUGUUCAUCAGAUUCUCAAGAUUAUACGUCCUCUAACCUGGGGAUGA